CAAAAAAAGAAACGAGAUUUCAUGAUAUCAGCUGUCAACACUGAAAAUAGAAUCCUUUUCAAGCCUUACCAGGUCAAUUUAAUGCGUCAAGUCGUAGUUUGGAAAUGUCUGAAUCAUACGACUUCUUAUUUAAAUUCUUGGUGAUAGGGAGUGCUGGUACAGGAAAAUCUUGUAUUUUGCAUCAGUUUAUAGAAAAUAAAUUUAAACAAGAUUCUAAUCACACCAUUGGAGUAGAGUUUGGGAGUAAAGUGGUUAAUGUUGGCGGCAAGUCAGUAAAGUUACAGAUCUGGGACACUGCUGGUCAGGAAAGGUUCAGAUCUGUAACAAGAAGUUAUUAUAGAGGUGCAGCAGGUGCACUUCUUGUGUAUGAUAUAACAAGUCGAGAGACUUACAAUGCCUUAACAAACUGGUUGACAGAUGCCAGGACGCUGGCCAGUCCAAAUAUUGUCAUCAUACUUGUAGGAAACAAAAAAGAUCUGGAAGCUGAGAGAGAAGUUACUUUUCUCGAGGCCAGUAGAUUUGCACAAGAAAAUGAACUGAUGUUUUUAGAGACCAGUGCAUUGACUGGAGAAAAUAUUGAAGAAACAUUUCUGAAGUGUGCAAGAAAUAUUUUGACCAAGAUUGAAUCAGGUGAAUUAGAUCCUGAGAGAAUGGGAUCAGGUAUACAAUAUGGUGAUAGUUCAUUACGUCGUUUACAGCAAAGAGAACAACAGCGACAGAAGAAAGGAAUCUGUGACUGUUAGCAUUUGUAGUCUUUCAGUAAUCUAUGUUGUUUGUACAUGCUAACCUAUAUAACAGUUCUUUAUACUUUGGAUGAGUUAUCUCCCAUUGUAGUUGUCUAUUUAGACAUAGCUAAUUUAUUCUUGCUUCAAGGUAUUAUAUAGAACACUGAAAAGCCAGAUAUUCUCAUGUAUCUGCUUAAACAUUUGGUUGUGAUGUUUGUAUACAAUUACAUAGGUAUAUUGAUAUUAAUGAGAUGCGUCUAUAGAUCUGUUAAUUUUGAAUUUUAAUGGUUUUGUGGAUUAUUAGCAUUGCUAGGAUAUAAAUUAAUGAUGUGAACUUUCGUCAGUAAGUGUCUAUAAAUGAUCCACUUCUUGUCCAAAUCCAAUUGAAAGGUUUGUUAUAUCAAACUUCAGGGAUAAAUCUGCAGGGCAUUAUGCACCUGUUACUAUGAAUUCAGAAAUCUAUAGAUUUCACUUUAAAAGAGUAAGAAAAAAAGUUUAAUAAUUUGUACAGUUUGAAAGCUAUCAGUAACUUGGAAUUCUCUGGACCAGUUCCUUAACAUGUGUAAUUCCUAUUGUAUUGUGCAAUUUAAAUGGACCCACAUCAAAUGUGGAUUAUUUAAAUUCCAAUAGUUGUUUCUUAAUUUCAAACUAAUUCUUAUCUCUUCCAAUAGUGAUAAACAUUCAUGACAUUUUGUUAUUUUUGUACAUAUAGGAUGAUCAAGGGAAAUACUAGCAACAAUACUAUUGUUGUUGUUAGACAAUAAAGGCUUACUAACAAUUCAGCAAUGCUAUAAUUUUUUUUGUCGCUGUCCAUUUUGUCAUUUGUUAUAUAAACAUAUUGAUAUCAAGUGUAAUUUGUCAGUACAAUGUCAUGAAGAAAAUAUUCAUGGGUAUGAUAUGCUCAUACAUUUAAAAUUUAGGGGUUUAAUGAUUUUUAGCUGAAUCUUGUUUAAAUUUUGCCAAUUUUUUCUUGAAAAGAGAUAAAAAUCUUAAAAGAAUUUUAGAAAUAUCCGUAUAUUUAUUCUCAUACUAUAGUUCUUUUGAAUUGUGAUUUAGUAAAUUUAACAGUUAAUUAAGAAAGGAUUUUAAUGAAAAAUAAACAUUUCAUUUUGCAAUUUUAGUUUAGAGAUGUAAUGAAUAACUGAAAGAUUAUCAAAUCCUCAAAAUUAAAAUUCUUAGUUUGCAAUUGUGUGGUGACAUCAAAUGCUUUUGUAAUUGUAUCAUUUAUGGUAGCAAAAAUAUUUAAAAUACACAACACAAAAUAUGCUUGAAAAAGUUUGCAAAAAAUGAAGUGCUUUCAAAGUAGAUAAAUAUUAAUAACUUGACCAAACUUAAAAUAUUUAUAUAGUUUUAUGAUCUUCUUUAUUGUUGUUCUGCACAAAUUCAUGAAAAUAUAGCCUUCCAUUAAUCAUGGGACAAACCAUAAUUAUUUAAUUGUGUUGCGUAAAUUCACAUGAUACUAUCAUGCUAUUUCAAACAUGCUUUUGAAAUUUUAAGAAAAUAUUGUUGAAACCUGAAAAAAUGUAAAUAUUAUUUCAAGAAAUAUAUUUAAUUGUUCGCAUUUUUUUUACUUGAGCAUAUAAAGGCAAGCAUUUUUGACAUUUAAGCAUUUUGCCUGACCAAUAAUUGUACUUAUCUAUUUUACUUCCUUGAAAAAGGAUAGGUGAUAAAAUUGUAAAAAUAGAGUAUAAUUCUUCAGAAAAUGAACUGUUACACAUAUGUAAGAUAAUAUUGAGUGAUUUGUUGUAGAUGUUUUGUUAUAGGAGUGCUUGUUGAUAUUUAUAUUUGUGUCAUAUCACAUUUUUUUUUGUAGAGUAUUUGUAUUCUUUUAUUAAAUGUUAUGAGGUUUGUGCAAGGAAUAGGUAACAUUAGUUUGUAAUUUGUCAUGAAGUGAUUUUCUUCAUAUAGCAAGGAUUUUCUUUAGCUCAAAAUUAGUCUGGGAAUAGAAAUAAUGUAUUAAAUUUUUGUUUUAUUAUCAAGAAUUAAUUCAAACAAAGAUUCUUUUUGCAAUGUGCAUUUUAAAGGAUUAUUGUGAUAAUGAAAAGAAAAAUCCACUUAAUAUAAACAACACCUUACUCUUGCUUUGUUAUGGAAAGCUUGCUAUUAGAAGAGUUUUUUACAAUGUUUUAUGCAGAAUUUUGUCUUGAUAAUUACAGUACACCUAAAUUUAUUUAAUUAUAAAUCACUCUUUGUUGUGUGUUAUUACAUAUCUAAUGCAGUUAGUUGAUUGUAAAUGAGUCAUUCUAAACGUCUCUGUUGUUUUCAACAUAUAACAGAUAUAUAGCCGGAUCAAGAGUUCUAUUUUGAAAAAAAAGAAAAAAAAAAAGUUCUAUUUCUAAAUCUCCAGUACCAGUAGUCAGUUUGUUUCACACUGAUCCAUUGAACUCCAAACACAAGUGAGAGUGAUUUAAAUUAAAUCUUCUUAUGUGUAUUUAUAUGAAAUCACUGUUUGAUGACAAGGUGUAUAUAUUAUUUUAUAAGUUAAUUGAUCAUUUAUAUCAUUAAAUAAACAGUUACAUGACAUAACUUGAUCAUGUAUAUUCUCAUGCCUCACAUAUAUAUAUAUUGGAACAAAAACACAGCAAUUAUAUUUCAACUUUUUAAACUAACAACUAAUUAAAGGUUCAUUGAACAUCAAAUUUUCAAUAUUUUAUGUAUUCAAGUAGUUUAUGAAUGACCUUUUUCAUAGUAUUUGUGGUAAAUUUAUUAAAUACAUUUUCUGAAAUAUGCUGUCAAAUGCUUUAACAUGUCCAUGUAAAUUUUCAUGUGGCCAAACACAAUUUGUUACUGAUUUCUGAAAACUGUUGUUUCAACUUUUGGAGGAACUAAAAUAACAAGUGAAAUUUUAUUUUUCAUGCAUAUGCUUGUUUUACAAGGACUAAAUACCUUCAUAGUACAUGAACAUUGUAUUAUGCUUUUAAUAUCUAAAAUAUACUCUCAUUCAUGGAUCCAAUUUGCCUUGUAUGUAGAAAAAAUCAUUAGUUAUUGGGACUUUAUAUAACUGCCACAUAUUAUGUCUGCUUGUUUCUACUAUCUCAAGCAUAAUACUGUGUCCACAGUUGAUAUACAUUUCUUCAACAUUUAAGUAUUAUCAUGUUUAGGCCAGGAUAAAUCUUUGUUGAAUUAAUGGUUUCAGACAUUGCAAGAACAAAACCACUCAAGUAUUAAAAUUUCUGAAAAAAAAACAAAGUGAAAAGAUGUGGAACCAUGAAAUAAAAAAAUAGGAAAAUAAAAGUAUUUUGACAAUAAAUACAAGUUACUAGAUGAUUAAAGAAAUAUAUAACUCAUUUCUAGUUGUGCAGUAUCUAUAAUAUGCAAAGUACAGUGAAACCCUGAGUAAACUGGACACCUGUCUUAACUGAACUCAGCUUGGAUAAGUUUCACUGUUCCUGGUAAAUAACCGUACAUUGUUUUUGAUGUCGUGCAAAAUAUAUCAUGCAUUUAUCAGAAUAUUAAAGUUGUUGUAUAAUAAAUUGCAUAAUAACACCACAUGUAAAGGAGUAGGCCCGGUAAGACCCCUUUUUGGCCCCAAAAUAUAGCAUUUUUACCAAUUUGUUAAAAUGUAAACUUUAGCUAAUUUUUGGAAAGAAAAAUACUUCUGUUCCAUAAAUAUGGGCUGUUUUUGACAAUACAAUGCACAUGCAUCAGGUAAUAGCAUAAAAAAUCAUGCAAUCUUACUGAAAUCUUCACAAUUUUAGCAUUUGUGCUAAUUUUACGACGGUUUUUGUCCAAAAUGGAAGUGGCCGCAUUUGUGUUCAGUCUUAAUAUUUAAAUAUAUGUUGUAUUUGAUGAUAAUACAUAACAUAUAUAAAGGUUGAGACUGAACACGAAUGCGGCCACUUACAUUUUAGACACAAACCAUCUGAAAAGUGACGUUUAAUGGCAUAUUUGAUAGAUUUUUCAUAAUAAAGCUUGAAUUUGAGCGUCUUUAAUGACCAAAUCAGUCCAAAUCUUUUACAUAAACUAAUUGAAUCAACUGAGGUAGACACUUGAGUGUUUAAAAAAUGUAAAAAAUCUUUCAUUAGAUGUACUUCGAAUAAUAGGCCAAAACGAGCCCUUACCGGACCUUCUCCUUUGUAAAGCUGUCGAGGUUGCAUGUUUGUGUGAAUUGUCAGUGUUAAGCACUUUGUGAUUAUCAGUUUUCUGUAUAAAAUCUUGUAUGUAUACUGAAAUUUUGUUCAAUGUGGUAGUAUCGUUUCUCGACAUUCCUUUUAACUUCCAACAAACAAAACAUAGAUGAUCUGUAGUGUAUGUUAAGAUGAGUAAGCAUUUAUAUUACAUGUAGGAAUUAAAUUAAACCCUUUUUCUGCAAAAUAUAUUUCUAUUCACAAAUACGAAAUGAAUGAUUUUUUUACUAUUUGAAUAGUCAUUUACAUUUUAUUAACUUUAGCAUUAGGGUAUAAAUGAUAUUUUCAUGAAAUAUUCCUAGAAAUAAAAAUUUAUGAGGUGAUGCAAUCUAAUUUACGGCAUAAUUGCAGAAUACAAAUUUUACCGAAAAUGCUAUUUUCAAGCAAAGUGACAAUAUAAUGGACCCAUUUUAUGUUUGGUUCACAAUGACUCAAAAUUUUCCAAUUUGAUUCUAAGAUAAACUGUUUUAUUUAUUGAUAUUCAAGUAAGUGGGGAAAGGUUCAGAUCCUUCAAAACAUGAAUAAUGCAAGAUCCUUUCAUGAAAUAUCUGGUCCAAGACUUUUAACAAACAGUUCAUUUAAUUGUGGCAAAUAUAAAUAACAAGUAACAUGGUAAUGCAUCAAAACACUAGACAUGUUUCCAUGACAACAUUAAAUCCUAUUGUUGUAUCUGAUAUUUUUAAGACGUUGUUUCAACAACAAAUAAAAUAAUUCAUUAUCAUA